AUGUUAUGGUGGAAACAGCUGGAGUGCGUGCAAGAAAAUUUUCUAAUGCUGGAACGAGAAGAACAGCAGCAAGUCGAUAACACGACUAUUACUUUGAGAUUACGUACUAGGGACCCGGUUUUAGAAGAUAAUUUAUAUCUAGCUAACAUAGAUCAAGUUAAAUCAUUACAAGCUUCUUUGUUUCCUAUUUGUAAUAAAGGAACUUUCAUAACAAACUUUCUACAAAACAAUAUAAAGACAAAUCAGUUGGAAAUUAAUACGGAUAUUAAAACUUUUAAAACUACCGCCAAAUUAAAAGAGCCGCGGGAAUUAUUUGCUCUACCAAAAGAAUUGGACUGUCCGCAACAAGCUCCUAGGUGGCCAACUGAAUGUCAAGUUGUAGAAGAAAGAAUUCAGCAUAUAACUUGGAGUCCAGCGUCACCGGAACCAUAUUACGUGUCCAGUGGUAAAGAACUCAAACCACAACCGGUUGGUGAGGAGGCAGGCACUGUUAUAUAUCAAUAUUAUCCCAUGAGUGCUGUUAACUACUUCAGUCGUUCUACUGUAGGAGGGUCCCGUUUAUUCCUCUCUGCUUGCACGACAGCCGGUGGCGAUGACGAAUUACGUUUCGAGUCACGUUUCGAGAGCGGUAACUUAGCGAAGGCUGUUAAAAUAACGUCCGCAUACUACGAACUGCACCUACGUACUGACCUCUACACGAAUAGACAUAUGCAAUGGUUUUAUUUCAGAGUAACCAACACUAGAAAGCAGACUAUGUACAGGUUUUCCAUUGUGAAUCUAUCUAAACCUGAAAGUUUGUAUAAUGAGGGCAUGCGACCUUUAUUAUAUUCUACGAAAGACGCGCAAUUACAUUCGAUCGGCUGGCGACGCUGUGGUGACAAUAUUGCAUAUUACAAAAAUGACUCUAUAUGUGAAGAAGAAGAACAAUUUCCAAGUUAUACAUUAACAUUCAAUAUAGAAUUCCCGCACACAGACGACGCUGUGUACAUAUCACAUUGUUAUCCUUACACAUAUUCAGAUUUACAAGAGUAUUUAUCAAGAUUACAGGCGCAUCCAGUAAAAUCUACAUACUCAAAACUGAGACUUCUUUGUAGAACACUAGCUGGUAAUAAUGUCUAUUACCUGACAGUCACCUCCCCCCAAAAUACAAACGAAUUUGAACAAAAGAAAAAGAAAGCUGUAAUCAUAACAGCGAGGGUGCAUCCAGGAGAGACACCUUCAUCGUGGAUGAUGAAAGGGUUUAUGGACUUCUUGACUGGAGAUACGAACCAGGCGAGGGAAUUACGAGAGAAGUUUAUAUUCAAACUGGUUCCGAUGUUGAAUCCUGAUGGCGUAAUUGUUGGAAAUAAUCGUUGCUCCCUAACUGGGAAAGACCUAAACAGACAGUACCGCACAGUUAUAAGGGAGACAUACCCUUCAGUGUGGCAUACCAAAGUUAUGAUUAGAAGGUUACAGGAGGAAUGCGGGGUAGCUAUGUUUGUGGAUUUGCACGCUCACUCUAGAAAGCAUAAUAUAUUCAUAUACGGAUGCGAGAGUCGGAAGAACUCAGACAAACGAUUACAGGAACAGGUCUUUCCACUUAUGUUGCAUAAAAAUGCAGCCGAUAAGUUUUCCUUCGAGAAUUGUAAGUUUAGGAUUCAACGCAGUAAAGAAGGAACAGCUCGUGUAGUAAUUUGGAUGUUAGGAGUAGCCAAUAGCUACACAAUGGAAGCUUCAUUUGGUGGGUCAGAACUAGGCAGUAGAAUGUCCACCCACUUUUCAGCUCAAGACUACGAGAGUUUGGGUAGAACAUUCUGUGAGACAUUACUUGAUUUCUGUGACGAAAAUCCGAGCAAGGAAAGAUUGAGGACCAAGAUAGUCACACGUUUACUAAAAGAGGGAUCCAACGCUGAUGAACCUACCAACAUUGAUCUUUCUGAUUAUUCUAGUGAUGAAGGUGAUACAUCGAGCAGUAGUUCCGAAGCGGGUGUAAUAAGAGGAUCUAGCAAUACUACGCAACUCGCACCGCCACCGUCACCUAUUCUUCCUGAGAUUAAUAGAAAUGCUAUUGACAAAUCCAGAAAACAGAGACUCCUAGAGAAAAUACCAAAAAUCGAAAAGAAGAAGACGAAAAGGGAAACUUUACGGGUCUCUCGAGCUACUAUUGAUAUGACGUCCGACGCUAUGACAGACGCAUCAUCAGAUUGUGAUUCAUUAGAAGAAAAUCUAAGUCCAUUAAGGAGAGUUAGAAAAUUAUUACAGCCGUCGGGGAAAACAAAAACUAGAAGAAAAAAGAAAAUGCCACCCGAGCUAAAAAUAUUCCGUGCACCAACAAGUGACUCGCCUUUAAAUUCAGACAAAGAGAAGAAGUCCUCUAAAUGCAUAAGACCGAGGAGUUUGUCAAUGAUAACGGAACCAGUAGAACAAACUAAAUUAAAACCAGCGUCGUGGCAUCAAUUUCGUCAUUUACCAGCUCACAAAUCUAUAACUGAACAAAAAACUAGGAAUCUUCAGCCGGCUGAAUUACAAGUCAAAUUGAAUGUCUUAAAGAAAAGUAUAUGGACUGGAAUUCCAGACGAUGAAAAGGGACCACUAUCAUGGGGCAUAUCUAGUUUUGCAACUAAUUCAUACUUCACAGAUAGUGAGGCCCUGCUACGAUCAUGUUCCAAGAAACUUGAAGAAUUGGAAGGGGAAAGAAAAAAGAGAAAAGAUGAUAAAAAGAAGAAAAAAACUAAAAAAGUGUCUAUAAAAGUUCCCAGCCCUGAAAAUAUAUUGGAACCUAUCAUAAAAAUGCCAAAAAGUAACAAGAAAAGGGGGAAAUUGAAACAUACGAAAUCAGAAAGUUCCAAUCAAAUUUACAACACAAGCUUUACUGAAAUACCAAGGAAUACUCAGAAAACUCAAAGUAAACAGGCGAAAACAUUCCGAAAAGGCAUAUUUGUCGCAACAGCUAUCCAAACAAAACAACCAAAUAGUAAAUCUACGAGAACAGAUAAUUCAGAAUCAGAUGAGUCUAUACAGACAACCAAGAGGGUUAAGAAAAAAAAUAGAGGAGUUAAAAAUAAAUUGCAAAAAGGUAGCUCAGAAUCAAAAAUAAAAUCAAAUUAG